CCGACGCUUUCAGUACGCAUGCGCAGCCCGGGAAGUUCUUUCUUUUUUUUUUCUUCCCGUCCCCAGUUUCGCGCUUUGAUCCACGCGGAAUUUCUGCUUCUGGGGCGCGCAGCGGAGAAUAUGCUCUUCUACUCCUUCUUCAAAUCCCUCGUAGGGAAGGACGUAGUAGUCGAAUUGAAGAAUGACUUGAGCAUAUGUGGGACCCUACACUCUGUAGAUCAGUACCUGAAUAUUAAGCUCACAGACAUUAGCGUGACGGACCCAGAAAAAUAUCCUCAUAUGUUGUCGGUCAAGAAUUGCUUCAUUCGUGGCUCUGUUGUCCGCUACGUCCAGCUUCCAGCAGAUGAGGUGGACACCCAACUCCUGCAGGAUGCUGCUCGCAAGGAAGCCCUUCAGCAGAAACAGUGAUGGAUUCUCCUUUUUUUUUACUCUCCAUGCGUGACUUGAUCUUCCCCCAGAAACAGCUACAGGACGGUGGAAGGUCACGUUAUCUUUUUCUCUGGGACGCACCAGCGAAGUUAGUUUUGUAAAUGUAGCCAUCCAAAGUAUGUUCCUUGGAUACAGAUAAUGGUUGCACGUGCUAAUGUUUGUGUUUGUUUCUUUGCCCCUUCUGGAUGCAGCAACCAUAAAGGUUAAAAACGUUCACCCCAACCUCCUCCAUCUCCCAACGUUGCUGGUGAUGAAGCUUAUGUUGCCUGGUGGGCACUAAGCUGAAGAAAUCUUAGAUCUCCCCUUUCCCAUUUGUUCAUGCUCACCUGUGAAAAAAAUGCUAUCGUUGGACAAUAGCGGCUUUUUUUACCUUCAGGUCGACAGCCGGUAGUAAAAUUCUUCCCUUGCUGUCUUUAGCAUUCAGUGAUACCAGUAUGACAUUGUGGAGUGGUAGGAAAGUCCAUUUUUGGUCGAGGAUUAAUACUCCACUUAAACAUGAAAACAUUACUUCUGUAACUUGUGUGCCCUAUGAAGUGGGCUAAGUUUGACCUUCUUAAUUUAUUACCAGCCCUUUCCAGUUUCCUUCUGUCUGAUGCAGCACAGCUAAUGCUGGUGAGAUUUUUUUCACGUUGGUAUAUUCCCUAUUUAUAGGAUUUGAAAGACUGCUUUUCUUGGAAUUUUAGCAGGCGUAGAAAGGACCUGCAAGCUCCUGAGUAUAGAGGAUGUCAAUUUUACUUUACUUUUACUUACUUACUAAAGUAAGUUACCUACAGAAUAUAAUACCAUUCAGUGUCAACCCAAGCUUUCUUCAUUGUGAUACAAAAUGGCAGAUGGUUUUUUUCUCUGGCCACUAGAAAGAGCUGCGGGUUCAGUCCUACUGUUUGAGUUUUAACAUUUCACUGGUUUUGUUGUUGCAAAGAUCAAAAGAACCCAUUUGUAUUUCUGGUUAUCCUUAUGUUUUAUGGGAUAUGUACAUCUUUUUUCUUUAGGAAGAGUUUUUGAAAGUGUAAUGAUUUGUUAAAUAGAAACUGGGCAAUUAAAAGUUGGAUUUGAAAGAC